UACUUCAAAACUUUUAUUAACCAUCCCAGUUGUAGUCAAUUCUGCAUUUUCAAAAGUGUUGAGGUUGAUUUUAUUUUCGACUCUACAUUCUCAAGGACCGAGCUGGCAACAAUCAGGAGCACUUAAUUUGCAAGGAGUUAAAACGUGACCAAAAUCUUUUUGAGCUAACGAAGAGGAAAGUUACAAAAGCAGACAAACAAAAGAGGUUUGAGCUGCGGAAGAUGGAUAACUGUGCACAUGAGGAAGAGCAAUAUGUGUUGAGGGGAGUUGUUGAGCUCGUGGGUAAAUAAGAAGAUAAAGUAAGUCAGGAAUGGGAGACCGGCGCAGUCAGCUUCAAGUAGCAAUGCAAACACUUGGCGACAGCAUUAGGUGGAGAGGCUGAAACAGAUAAAAGAGGCAGGGACAGAGAUCAUGAGGCAGCUGUAGGCGACUUAAAGGGGCAGAGAGAGGGAGGGGAAGAGAGACGGUAGCGUGUGGCUUUGUCUGACUGCUGCCAGUGGGAGCGGGGAGGCUGAUUCAUUGAAGUGCUGGCAACUGCAGACGUGCCUGAGAGCUGAUUCCCGAACCCGGCCACAGAUAAAGAGAGAGGUGAUGGCUGAAGGCAGGUUUUAAUUCACAGUGGCUGUUUGAGUGUUAUCUUCGGGACAAUCGCGGAAGACGCAUAGGCUUCGGAUAAUCGCAUUUCACCGGAGCCGAACGUGUAUAUUUUUAGUUGACUUGUUUGAAUUUUGAUCACCCUGGCAUUUAAAGUCGUUUUUGAUCCCACACACGUUGGCUGGUUGCACCCAGCUGCUCCCAAGACUCCCAGGGGCAGACAGACUCGUCUCUGUGAAGAACAAAACCCUGACUCUUUUAACUUCUUCAUCCGGAGAGACUGAGGAGAGCAGAUGGCGGGGAUGUUGUAGCAAACUUGAAGAAAGGGAAGUGACAGAAGGCGAGAUGGUGACCAGGGAGAGACAUGAAUGUCCCGAGGAGCAGGACUGGGAAGAAACACCUGCUGCAGGCAGCAAGUUCUUUCAGAAUGUGAAGAAGCACCAUCACAAACAUAACCUGAAGCACAGAUACCAGAUCCUGGAAACCCUGGGCAGCGGAGCCUAUGGGAAAGUCAAGAAGGCACAGGAGAGAGUCACUGGAAGGACAGUGGCCAUUAAAUCUGUCCGAAAGGAUAAGGUUCAAAAGGAACUAGAUCGGAUCCAUAUUCAGCGGGAGAUGGAGAUCAUGUCAUCUCUUAACCACUCCAAUAUCAUAAAUAUUUACGAAGUGUUUGAAAAUAAGGAUAAGAUUAUCAUUGUUAUGGACUACUGCAGCAACGGGGAACUGUACGAUUAUGUAAAUGAGCACCACAAACUAUCUGAGUCUGAAGCACGUAAAACUUUCAGACAAAUUGUCUCUGCAAUUCACUACUGUCAUAAGAAAGGAAUUGUGCACCGUGACCUGAAACUAGAGAACAUUCUCUUGGAUGAAAACUUUAAUGUGAAGCUUGCUGACUUUGGCCUGUCAAACUUGUAUCACAAGGAUCGUCUGUUGGAGACAUACUGUGGAAGCCCCCUUUAUGCUUCACCAGAAAUUGUGAAUGGACUUCCAUAUCAAGGACCUGAGGUUGAUUGCUGGGCCUUAGGAGUUCUGUUGUAUACGCUGGUGUAUGGAACAAUGCCAUUUGAUAGUCAGUGUUACAAAACUUUAACACAGCAGAUCAGCCUUGGAGAAUACAGGAAACCUCCCCAAACUUCUGGUGCACAUGCCCUAAUUGACUGGAUGUUGUCAGUGAAUCCAGGGAAACGUGCAACAAUUGAAGAUAUUGCAAAUCACUGGUGGGUCAACUGGGGUUAUGAUGCACCAGUUUGUGAUUGUGUUUCUGAAAACGACUGUCGCUCACCCCUACUGGUACGUUAUAUUGACUGGCAAAACCGGGAUGGAUAUUCAAAUCAAGGGAAGAAAGAAACUGAGGAUGUCCAAGGGGUGGAGAAUUCUGUGCAUAAAUCUCCAAAAGCAGAAAUUAGGCAAGAGGGUUGUUUAAAGAAGUCAAAAAAAGAAAAUGAUAUCACCCACCCACAAUAUGAUGCAAAAUUGCAAACAGCAACUUCCAAAGAUACAAAUAAAAAGCCAAAGGGAAUUUUGAAAACCAGGACCAGCUUUGAUAGUGAUCUUUCAACUACAGUCACAGACAUGCACUCACAAUGGAUUGAAACAAAAACAACUACAGCAGAACCUGCAAACACCUUUUACAAAGUAUACACAGUGCCAGCUAAAACCUACACCAGCAUGCCACUGAAAGGGAUCCUAAAGAACUCAUGCCAAAGAGAAUCUGGCUAUUCUUCUUCCCCAGAACACAUUGAAUCAAUGGACAGGGAUACAGCUGCCAUUCCCUCAAAAUCAAGUCAAAAACAAUCAGAAAUAGUCUCAGGAAAGGUUGUAUACAGGAAAAAGGGAAUUCUAAAACGAAAUGGAAAGUUUUCUAUCAGUCUAGAUUUGCCUGAUGAUUGUUCAUCAUUCAAGCUUUCUGAUUCCUUGAAGGACCUCAUCCUAGGAAGUGGAAGGCAAAGCACGAGUCGCCCCUCCAGUGUAAUUAGUGAUGACAGCAUACUUUCCAGUGACUCAUUUGAUCUCCUAGAUCCCACAGCAGAAGGCAAAAGAUUAUUUUCACAAAGUAAACAUGGCAGUAUUCACUGUUUGGGUUCAGAAGAUAACUUGUUGGAGUUGGAUAAGACAGAGGUGGAACCACAAACUGCAUAGAAUAUAAGCUCUGAAAAUGUUAAUAUCUUUUCAUAAUGGAAUGUGAAAAUGCAUGUUUCUGAUAAGACCCAAGAAACCUGCAAUCAUUUGAAGGAAAAGUGAAUGAUUUAUGGAUAUUUCUCUGCACAAAUUGUACCCUAAACUUAUUUAAACUCAAUUAACUUGAAGAAAAUGUUAUUCAUUAGACUUGUCAUGAACAAUAUGUAUAGACAAAAUAACUUAUUGUCAUUUUUAUUUAAAUAUAGCAUUGCGUGAUUCCUUAGAAAAAAUGUACUUAUGUUAGUGACAAGAUUAAUAAGCUAAACAAUUCUGUAUUUUAUUUACGUGCAUGUUUUCCUAAGAUAAGAUUCAUAAUGCUAAUGGUUACAGGGAAGGGAAGGGAGGAGCUUUUAAUUAGUUUUGAGAAUCUUCCCAGAUCAGCUAUUUUCUAAAAACCAUUGCACAAAAUACUGGAUAUAUAUUAUGCAAUUGUAUUGUGCAAACUGACUCUUUGUUUACAAAUAUAUGUUUGUAUCAGUGCUGGAGAUGUAGAAUUGUACAUAUAGGUGAUCAGAUUGAGAAUUUGGUAAUGAAUGACUGAACAUUAAAUAUAGCCAUCUUUUAACAGUAGGACUUCAAACAAGGUCAUUUUUAUUAUUAUCUUUUUUUAUGCCUGGAUAUAUUCUAACAAAGCGACAUGGAGCCUAGCUGCAUUCUAAUAACUGGUUAGAUAGUAAGGCAAAAGCCUUUUGCCUUGAAUUUCAUUUCUACUCUGGAUCAAACAAAGAACUAAUUUUCAGGAGUAAACAUAAGAACUACCUGUAUGAUAAUAACCUAGUAAGCAAGAGCAAACAUAAUUCAGAACAGUCAAAGUCCACCUGAAACCUUUUGAAUUUUUCAAGUGCAAAGUGGAAGAGGCUACAACAUGGUAAUCCAGGAUCCCAAAUAGCAAUUGAUGAAGUUGUGUUUGAAACAUUGGUGGUUAAAGGCAUAGAAGUGAAAACUGGGAAUAAAAUUUAGGAAUAGAUUUAAAAGAUAGUUGAAAGGGAGACUUACAAGCUAUUCUCUUAAGGAGAUACGGUAUGUGGGUGUGGGGAGUGUGAUCCUACAGGGUUCAAUGCUGGGAUACCUGUAUCUCAUUUAUAUUACAAACUCACAGGAAAAUAUGCAAAUUUACAAAUGGCAUUAAAGUAACUUAGUUUUUGAGUUAAGUCAUGAGGCCACAAAAUGGACUGAACAAAAUGAAUAAGUAAGUAGACAAAAUGGCAAAUUAACACUGCACUACCCAUUUGGUGCAAAAGUAGAUGACAUAAUGUUAGGUAUGAAUAUUGCUAAAAUAGUUACUAAGUUUAAAAAUAUCUAGGGGUUUCAGUAAAAUUGACAAUCAACAUAGCCAAUUGCCAUAGAAGAAUAAUCAAGAAGACAAACAUGAUUCAAAGCUACAUUAGCCAAACCAGUGGAAUACAUUUUAGAUGGUGCUCUGGUCAAACCAGACCUCAAGUCUCCAGUUAGUACCACAGAUAUUGCAAAACAUACUCGCAACUAUACUUCUCCAGCUAUGAGAUAAAUCUGGGUUAUUCGACUGUUCCAUAUUUUUUCAGAUCUUAACAUACCAUGAUAUUAAAUAAUUCAGUCUUCUUCAAUUAUCAAUAAAAUUCAAUGUUCACUAGACAAAUGCACUUAAAUCACCAGAAGAACAUUACUAAUUUUCAUGUUUGGGCCAGAGCAGUCAAAAUCAAAGCAAUAACAAUUACAUGAUACUAGAUUAAAACGGAGAAUACCAAAAAUACUCAGAUCAGGAAGCAUCAGUGGCGAAGCAGACAGAGUUAACAUUUAGGUUGCUUCCUUAUCAUGAUACUGGAUUGUUACAUUCUAUAGCAUGAUAUAUGGAAGCAGUACAUUAAAUUUCACAAACAAAUAAAUCACAUUUUCAAUUCAUAUUGAACAGUUUGGGAUGGGAGGUAGAGAGUUUUCAGGAAAAGUUACUACUUUUGAGUGCAUAAUCAUGGUUGACUGAAGGAAAUUGCAUUGUGUAACAUGCCAAGAGAAAUGUUGAAAUUUUGUUUGCCUAUUCAAACAUAAAAAUAAUCCAAGUAUUUAAAGAGCUAGGAAUUCACCUGAUGUCCUAGUUAACAAUAUUUUCAGCCUUUAUGGAAUAUCUAAUAACUGAUCUAAUUUGCUAUUUGUAAACCUUUGUGUGCAUAUUGCAUAACAUUCCAAAAGUAAUUGAUUGUUUUAGUUAUUCAGGCUAACAGAACCAGUAAGCUAAUCCACAUGAGAGGACUUUUGUACCAUUAAUAUGUUAUAAGGCUCAAAUGUAUCUGAUAUCUGCUCCUGUAUUAAAAUUGUACAGUACAUUUAAUGAAAAAUAGGUGUCUUUAAAAUUAAUCCACAUGUGCAUUUCAAAUUUUCUUUUAUCCACGUUGCUAUCAUUUUAUUAGCAGUCAGGACUGAAUCCCUAACAAUCAUAAAAUGAAUGUUACUUGUAUACAAAUGCAUAUCCUGAGGAUUACAAUUUGUGCUUUAUUUUCCAUUGAUAUUCCAUUUUGAUGUUUACAGAUGAAGCUAUAAUUAACCACAAAGUAAAUUUAUUUUUCUAAGGAGUUGUAUUAAGAAUAACUCUCACAAUAUGUAAUGGUUAGUUUUUCAACCUUUCAUGUCUGAUUACUGUUACCAGGUACCAUUACUUUGUUGGUACAAACUACUGACUGUAAUUGGUAUUACACUCUUUCAGUUUUAUGAUGUCUGUAAAUUCUAUUUGUUUCAAGGUAUUCAUUUUGUAUAUAAUAAAGCUUAACAUGUAAAGAAUAUGUUUGCAUUACAACUGUGAAAGCUAAUUUUGUAAUUUAAGCCAGCAACAAAUGCACAAUGAAAUAUUUCAGAAACAAGUUUAUGGAAAAACACAAGAAUUAGUUGUGUUCUAUGCUGUGUGCCUAA